AUGAGUCCGCCCACCUUCGUAAUCCAGUUUUACCAGUUGUGUGCAUUUAUAUGUUUCACAGAUGUGUAUGUGUUUGCUGUCAGUGGAGAAGUUAACAAGAAAGAUCUCACAAGCAUUGCCUCUUCCAAGAAAGAUGAGUUGCAUUUUUUUAUUUUGAAGGACUAUAAACAUCUGGGAUCUGUGUUCAACCGAAUGAUCAGUGAUUCUGCUGUGACUAAGUGUGGAGUGGCACAAGAGCAAGAGGACCAGGGUGAGCAAGAGAAGCCCGAAAACACUUACACCAGACCUUGGCAUGCCAAUGUUCUCUGGGGAGCUAAAACAUGCAGAGGGACUCUAGUGACUAAGAGCAUGGUAUUGACAGCUGCUCACUGCUUAAUAAAGGUGAAUUCAGAUGAAUCUGUAUCAGUUGCCAGUGCUGCUGACAUAACAGUUCACCAUGGUAAUGGUCAAGUUAAAGCCAUGGAGUUGAUUCUUCAUCCACUGUUUAAUGUGAAAGGCCUUAAGGACAAGAAUGUAAAUGAGUUUUAUGAUUACGACAUUGCUCUGGUUAGGAUGAGAGAAAACAUUACGAUAUCUUUGAAGGCAAGGCCCAUUUGUUUACCUUGUACCAAAUCAUCAAACCGGGCUCUCAGAAUGGAUCCAGACUCUACGUGUGACGAGCACAAGAGAUCCCUGAUUCACCUGGAAGAGACUCCGGCUAACUUCAUCAGACAGGGAACUCAUCGAGCAGACACCCACAUACAUAGUGGUGCAAAAAGAGGUGAAUGCUUAAAGAAAGCAAGAUCCACCUUUCCUGCAAACAGCAGCGCAUCUCUGUCAGAAGUGAUCACAGACAGGUUCAUGUGCACUGGAGGAACAGAGUCAAUCAGACAUGAAAUGACUUGCAAAGGGGAUUCUGGAGGAGCUCUCUUUCUACGUAAGAGGAUGCGAUAUUUUCAAGUGGCAGUCAUUAGCUGGGGCACUAAGCAGACAUGUGACUCAAGGACAGCUGUCAGAGAUAACCGGCCUCUCGACGCCCGGGACUUCCACAUCAGUGUGUUCUCAGUGAUGCCCUGGCUCAAGCAACACCUUUACAAGGAGCUGGAGUUUCGUCCUUAGUAUAGCGGAGCCGAUUGAAACACAGGAAUGCAUAAGAAACUGCAGAUUUGACAGAUUCCUGAAUGUUUUGCAUGAGUGCAUGAUAUAUGAUUGAGCUGACAUUGCAGACAUGCUUUUGUCAAAGGAUUGUAUCAGUUCAAGAUAAUAAACAAAAACAGAUAAUUAUCUAA